GUCUGUGAGUCAAGUGUGUGUGGAAAAGUCACUGAUUUUCAGAAGUAAUACCCCUUAUUCUACAGACAUCGUUUCUGAUCCUGAUGGACAAGAUCCACUGUUCUGUGUACAGUUGGAUGACUCAAAGCUGAACUAUUUUCAACAGCCACAGGAUAUCAAAGAAUCUGAUUUUGCGGAGUUCUUAGAGAAGUAUGGCAGACACUCUUUCUUAGCACCAUCACAAGUUCAGCCAUCAUUCUCUGCUUUUUACCGCGCUGGUGAUCCAAUCCUCAUCUACUUUGAUUCGUCAUCUGUAUUGAGCAUGCUUAGACAGCCAAUAAAAAUGGGAGCCAGUGGACUUUGUGUUGAUGGGAAUCCUGCUGGCUUCCUGGACAGUAAAAGCACAAGCUGUAUUCGGCUUUUUGCCAACUUGAGGAAGAGCUGCAUGACUGACCCUGCCCUAGAUGCUGCUUCCUACUACCGUGACUUCACUGUGCUAAAGGUCCCAAUUAAUGACACUGUUACGCCAUCCAUGAAGGUAAAUGUCACUGCAGUCUCACCACCUGGAGCUCCCCACAUGAAAGACAAUACAUGCAUCAAUGUUGUUUCUGAGGUGAUCUAUGAGAUAGAAUAUAGUGGCACAAGUGGGAUUCAGAGUGUUUCAGUCCAGUUCAAAGUCAGCAACAUCUCUGUGAACUCCAGAUCCUCUCUGCAGCAGCACUUCACCAUGCACUUCUGGACCAGGACUCUCUCUCAUGUGUUGCCUAGAAGUGGAAACCCUGGCUAUAUCACUGGAGCACCACUGUUGAUUGCAAACAGUGGUGCCAAGCAACGUAUGAGCAUAUUAAGGAGUGAAAGUGAUGGAAGUUGUUCACAAUUCCUCAGGCACACAGUACAGUUUGGAAGGAAUAUGAGAACAGGCUGCAAAAUCAGCCUAUCCCCAAUAUUGGAAGACGAUAACUGUAGUUACAUACAGCAGAAGUUAUACAAGGCUUUUCAGGGGAUGAGCAGAACAGAAGACUUUGCUGUAACUGGCAGUGCUCAUUCAACCCAGGCAGAAGAAUGGAUGACCAUUCUAAUUGAGAACUGCAGUGUGGAGGCUGUGAAUUGCACUUCCUGUUGUAUGGUUCCUGUGACCCUGGAGAUACAGAUAUUGUGGACUAAAGUGGGCCUCUUGUCCAACCCACAAGCUCAAGUAGUGGGUACACGGCACUUUUACCACUGUCAGCCCCUCAAGUUUCUAGACAUGAGCAUGGUACCUGUGACAACUAUUGUUACCUUCACUGACAUGACGGAUUGGCCAGAACCUCCACGAGGCCAGCCCCAAAUGCACUGGAAACUCCCAUUUGACAUCUUUUUUCCAUUCAAGGUAGCCCUGAAUGUCGAAAGAACUUACAGAGGUGAUCUGGCUGGGUAUUUAUUGUUGAUUCUAAUAAUGUCUAGUAUUUUCUGCUUUUGAAAUAGAUGGAGCCUGUAUUUAAAGUGUGGUGAGUGAAUUGAUAUAUUCAGGAUAUGACCCAGACGAUGGACUUUUGUCAUCAGGUUUUUUAUACCAUUUCUGUGUUAUCUGUGUGCCUUCUGUUCUUGGAUUAAGCCGUGUGGGCUGCUUUUCCUCUCAUGUUUCUGUUCUUUGUAUGUGAACCAUCUGUGAACAUCAUUGCAGUGGCACACUUGAGAAAUGUAGGGAUCCAGGGACAUUGCUUUAAUGAGGGACUAGGAAGAGAAUGUUAAAACUAUUAUUCCAUUCCAUUAUUCCAGAAACCAAGAAUGCUCUCUAAACCAGGGAGCAUGGAGGUAGAAGCAAAGUUCAAUCAAAGCAUUUUGGAGCUCCUUUCAGUUGGAGAUGCAUCUGAUUUUGGAGCUGCUUUCCUGUUGGAGAAGCAUUUGAUUUUUCUAUGUGAAACUAAUCAAACACUUAGAAUACAGGAGCUUGCCCGGGUGGCCUGAAUUCUAUUUUAUGAGUAAGCAUGUGUGCCAGUCACCCCUAACCUGUCCUUGUUAGAUGAUGACAGCCACAACUCUGUGAGAUUUUUUGAAUCUUGCUUUUUUUGUGUCUUUUCAAAUACAGAUAUUCAAUUGAAAUUUUCAUGGUGUAAUCACUUUUUACAUUAGCAACACUGUUGCACAGAACAAAGCAAUUGUGAAUGCUCUGAAAUACCGUUGAAUUUUAGUGGUUUGUCAAAACAUCUUCCUAAUAUUUUUCUUCUCCCUGGAAGAAAUGGGCCUGAAUAGACUUUUUCCUAGAUAACAAACAUUCUCUUGUUCCAGAUAGGAACUGAACUGAAAAUGGUAACUACUGAAAAUCUAGUAGCACAUCAGAGAGACUUGUGAAUAGUUCUGAAGCUACAACAUGGAAUAUUUUAGGAAAAUUUGUAGAUGUAUUGAGACGGAAGCUUGCUGUGAUACCUUACCUCUGGCUCACUCUCUGGGACUAGGAAAUAAAUUUAUUGUUUUUGCUGUUAAAGGUGGUCUGAUUAUCUAGACUGCCAUCUACCAUCACACAGGAAAUCUGCUUAAUUGUUCCAGGAAGCUGUUGGAUGAAAGUAUAUUUUUAGCAAAAGAUUUUAUUAUUUAUCUUCGGAUGAUGGAAAAAUCUGCCCCAUCUGAUGCCAAGUGCUCCAAUGGAAUCAAUAAAAGCCAAAAAUUUCAGAGCCUAGUUUUAAUAAAAUAUGUUUGUUGCUUUUAUACCUAUACUGCACAUAGUAACUCUGUUGCUUCUCCUCAUUACAAACUUUAAAAAGAAUGCAAAAAUAAACUGAAAAACUAGUAAUUAGUCAGGGUAUCAAAGGAGAUAAGACAAGUAAAACAAAACUACAAUGCAUCUAAAAGCUUCUGGAUUACUGUCACAUAUUUAUCUUUGUCCUUAUUUGCACGGUUUAUUAGCUGGGAACGAAUUCUGUGUGAGUGUCUUCAGUGUCCAUUGAUUUCUAUUCUGGGGCAGCCCAACCAAGCUAGUGUGAACAUUCAGAACUGUGUACUGCACUCCAGUAUUACACAGGACUGUACCAUUACACAGAAACAAACUUUGAUUUUUAGGUAGAUGUGGCUUCUCAGAUGUGCCUGUAAUACCUUUGAAAAGUUUUUCUCAGAACACCUUUAUUGUGUGUCCUA